UGCAGCAGGAGCCAGUCGACGCUUAAAGCCGAGCCUUCCUACACCUCCACACAUACACAAAGAGGAGAGGGAGAGCAGCCUGUCCUCUCACCACUCAGCCAUGAGUAGCAUCGGAUAUGACCCCUACUAUCCCACCUCCUCAUGUAGGCGCUGGUACUACGAGUCGGCCCCUCGUGCGGUGGUGACCAGAGGGAGGACUCACUCCGGCUACUCCUCCCAUGCCUCCCCGUUGUCCUCCUCCCGUUUGCAGUACUCCUCUCCCGGUCGCGUACUGCUCUCCUCCUCCUCACCGGCCUCCUCCCUGGAGCUGGAGCUCAGCCAGGCGGCCCAGAUCAGCUCCGAGUUUCGCACCGUCCGCACCCAGGAGCGCAGCCAGCUGCAGGAGCUCAAUGACCGCUUUGCCGGAUUCAUCGAGAGAGUGCGUGAGCUGGAGCAACAGAACCGAGCCCUGGAGGCGGAGCUGCUGCUGCUGAGGCAGAGGCACACCGAGCCGUCCCGUCUGAGAGCGCUGUACGAGCAGGAGGCCCGGUCCCUGAGGGCAGCGGUGGACGAGGCCCGGGCGGAGCAGCAAGCGGUGCUGGGCCAGAAGGACCGUCUGGAGCAAACCCUCAGCGCUCUACAAGGUCGAUAUGAAGAGGAGGUGCUGGCUCGCGAGGAGGCUGAGGGCAGGUUGAUGGAGGCCCGUCGGGAGGUGGACCUGGCUGCGUUAGGGAAGGCUGAGCUGGAGAAGAGCGUUGAAACGCUCCUGGAGGAGCUGGCCUUCCUCAAGAGGAUCCAUGAAAGCGAGGUGGCAGAGCUUCAGGCCCAGGUCCAGCUGGGGGUCCAGGUCGCUGUGGAGUCCGAGGCCGCCACCCCGGACCUGUCCGGGGCUCUCAGAGAUAUCCGGUCCCAGUACGAGAGGCUGGCAGCCAGGAACAUGCAGGCGGCGGAGGAGUGGUUCAGGGGAAAGGUGGGCUCGCUGACCGAAACCGUGGCCCAGCACACCGAUGCAGUGAGGAGCUCCAAAGACGAAGCCGGAGAGUACCGGCGCCAGCUCCAGGCCCGGCUGCUGGAGAUCGAUGCGUGCAGAGGCCUCAACGAAUCCCUGGAGAAGCAGCUGCAUGAGAUCGAGGACAAGCAGAGCGCUGAGAUUGCAGCCAUGCAGGACACCAUUGCAGAGUUGGAGAGUGAGCUUCGAGGCACCAAACAGGAGAUGGCGCGUUACCUGAAGGAGUACCAGGACCUUCUCAAUGUCAAAAUGGCUCUAGACAUCGAGAUUGCUGCAUACAGGAAGCUGCUGGAGGGCGAGGAGUCUCGCUUCAGCGUGGGAAUGGCCGGGGGAGUUUCCUCCCUGUACGGCCACAGCUUGUCAGCGCCCUCCUUCGGCCGGCCCGUCCUCUCAAGCCUGAGCUCCGGCACUUCCUACCUGAUGACAUCACGCCUGCUCAGCUCCAGUGUCAGUACCACCGAGGGGAUCAUUCCCGCCAGCCACGCCCAGCAUGCAGCGGCCAGUCCGCCCGGUGAAGAGGAGGAUGAGGCGCAGGAGGAAGAGGGAGAGGAGGUGGAGGAGGAGGAAGUGCAGGAGGAAGAGGGAGAGGAGGUAGAGGAGGAAGAAAAGCAGGAGGAAGAGGGGGGAGAUGAGGAGGAGGUGCAGGAAGAAGAGGCAGGGGAGGAGGUAGAGGCAAAGGAGGAAGAGGGAGGAGAGAAGGACGAAGGAGGAGAGGAGGAAACAGCAAAGGAAGAAGAGGAGGGUGAAAAAGAAAAUGACCAAGAGGCUAAAGAAGAAAAAGAAGCUGAAGAGGAAGAGGGUGGAGAUGAGCAGAAAGAAGAGGUGACGGAGGCUGCUGAGGAAGAAGAGGACAAAGGAGAAAAAACGAAGACUGAGGCCAAAGAAGAAGCACAAGAAACAGAAGCUGAGGGCAAAGACGACGCUGCAAAAAAGGAGGAGAAGGUGGAGCCCAAAAAGAGUGAAGAGAAACAAGGCAAAGCCGCCGCCAAGAAAGAAGCCGACGACAAACCCGCUCCUAAAACAGAUGAAAAACCCGACGCCAAGAAGGAGAAAGAAGAAACAGCAGCGAAGGCUGAGGGUGCGAAGGAAAAAAGCACAAAGGAGAAGAAGUGAAGCAGCAUCGGCCUGUGGGAACGUCGGCUUGAUCACAGCGGAGGCAUCAGCAUUAUCCUCUAAACCUGCUUCUGAUCAUGGUGCUCAACAGCUUUUCAACAAACACAAUACAGAUUAAGCAUAAUGUGUAACUGCUGAAUCCAGAUGUGAGUGUGUGCGUGUUUGCUGGCUCAAUAAAGAGCUGAACCCAGUCUGUCUGUGUCCUUGACCUUGACCUGCUUUUAACCGUGAGGCAAUACAAAUAAAAUAUUCAUUUGAAUGCGG